UCCGGAGAGGACAGCUGUUCGGAGGGUGUGGUCCUGCCCAUGUGGAACCCCCAGAACCCCUCGGUGGGCGAUAAGGUGGCACGCGCAAUAGUUUACUUUGCAGCUCUCAUCUACAUGUUCCUGGGUAUGUCCAUUAUCGCGGACCGCUUCAUGUCUUCCAUCGAGGUCAUCACCUCCCAGGAGAAAGAGAUCACCAUCAAGAAGCCCAACGGCGAGUCGACCACGGCCACUGUGCGCAUUUGGAAUGAGACGGUAUCCAACCUCACUCUGAUGGCUCUGGGCUCAUCUGCUCCAGAGAUCCUGCUUUCCGUCAUCGAAGUGGUUGGCCAUAAGUUUGAGGCCGGCGCUCUGGGUCCGAGCACCAUCGUGGGCAGCGCUGCAUUUAAUAUGUUCAUCAUCAUCGCUAUCUGUGUGUACGUAGUGCCAGAAAAUGAAACACGCAAGAUAAAGCACCUGCGGGUGUUCUUCGUCACUGCUGCCUGGAGCAUCUUUGCCUACAUCUGGUUGUAUCUCAUCCUGUCAGUGAUCUCACCUGGAGAGGUGGAGCUGUGGGAGGCAGUCCUCACCUUCUGCUUCUUCCCCCUCUGUGUGGUGCAGGCCUGGAUUGCAGACCGCCGCCUUCUCUUCUACAAGUAUGUCCACAAGCGAUAUCGUGCUGACAAAUCCCGUGGUAUUAUCAUCGAGACAGAGGGAGAUGCCAUGUUCACCAAAAUGGACUUGGAGAUGGACGGCCAGGGCGUGAACUCUCAUGCUCACCCCAAAGAAGUUCUGGAUGGGAUGUUGGAGGGGGUGGAGGAAGGUGGAGGGACCAGUCCAGGCCAGGACCAAGAAGAAGAAGCUCGACGUGAGAUGGCCCGAACAUUGAAAGAAUUAAAACAGAGGCACCCAGAGAAAGACAUGGAACAGCUGAUUGAGAUGGCCAACUACCAAGUUCUGGUCCAGCAACAGAAGAGUCGUGCUUUUUAUCGUAUCCAAGCCACACGUAUGAUGAUCGGAGCUGGGAACAUCUUGAAAAAACAUGCCGCAGACCAGGCCAGGAAGGUGGUGAGCUGUCAUGAGGCCAGUGGCCAGGAGGAGGAUCCCCAUACCAUCUACUUACAGUUUGAACCUUCUCACUACCAGUGCUUUGAGAACUGUGGCUCGCUUAAGCUGUCAGUAGGGCGCCACGGAGGAGAAAGUGGCUGCACUGUGAAGGUAGACUACCGCACAGAGGAUGGGACUGCCAACGCUGGCUCAGACUAUGAGUUUGCUGAGGGCACACUGGUCUUCAAGCCUGGUGAGACGAUAAAAGAGUUCACUGUCGGUGUCAUCGAUGAUGACAUUUUCGAAGAGGAUGAGCACUUCUAUGUUCACCUCAGCAACCCUCGCAUCGCGCACCGUGCUGAAGUUUCCCUCCUGGAGCCCAGCUCUAUCACCUCUAGCAGCAGCAUGAUGGGCAGUGGCAUCUCAACCCACAUUCCCCCCAAGGCGGCCCUGGGCAGUGCUCACACCGCCACGGUUACCAUCUAUGACGACGACCACGCUGGCAUUUUUACAUUUGAGAGCAAUUCCACACGGGUCAGCGAGAGCGUUGGCAAUAUGCAGGUUAAGGUUCACCGGACGUCUGGGGCGAGGGGGAAGGUGGCUGUGCCCUACCAUACAGUAGAGGGCACUGCCAAGGCCGGGGAGGACUACGAGGAAGUGGCUGGCAAGCUGGAGUUUCAGAAUGAUGAGACGAUGAAGCUGCUGGAUGUGAAGAUCAUUGAUGAUGAGGAGUAUGAGAAGAACAAGACCUUCACCAUUGUGUUAGAGGAGCCGAUUCUGCUGGAGGUGGGGCAGAAACACGGUGAGUGGCACUGCCAUACCUCAGCAUCUCUACUCAGGAAUUUUAAUAUGUGUAUCUACCCAUCCUCAUUGAUCCACUCUUGCUUUGCACCAGGAGAUUCAAACGACAACAAGACGGUGGUGGGACUGGAGGAUGUGGCAAAGAUGGGCUGCCCUUGUCUCGGAGAACACACCAAGUUGGAGGUGGUCAUUGAGGAAUCCUAUGAAUUCAAGAACACAGUGGACAAGUUGAUAAAGAAGACUAACCUGGCCCUGGUGGUGGGGAGCAGUAGCUGGAGAGAGCAGUUUGUUAGUGCUGUCACUGUCAGUGCAGGUGAGUCCCACAGUGAUGACGAUGAGGAGGAGAGCGGAGAGGAGCGUUUGCCGUCCUGCUUUGAUUACAUUAUGCACUUCCUGACAGUCUUCUGGAAGGUCCUCUUCGCUUUUGUCCCGCCCACCGAAUACUGGAACGGCUGGGCCUGCUUCUUUGUGUCCAUUUCUCUGAUUGGCGUUCUGACAGCUGUGACGGGCGACCUGGCCUCUCAUUUCGGCUGCACCAUCGGCCUCAAAGACUCCGUCACUGCUGUGGUGUUUGUUGCGCUUGGCACCUCUGUUCCAGACACGUUUGCCAGUAAAGUCGCCGCUAUCCAGGACCAAUACGCCGACGCCUCCAUCGGGAACGUGACGGGCAGCAACGCCGUGAACGUGUUCCUGGGCAUCGGCGUGGCGUGGACCAUCGCCGCCGUGUACUGGAGGACCAAGGGCCAGACCUUCCACGUGGAGCCGGGCUCGCUGGCCUUCUCCGUCACCCUCUUCACCAUCAUGGCGGUGGUGUGCGUGCUGGUGCUGCUUUACCGCCGGCGUCCAAGCGUGUCGGGCGGGGAGCUGGGCGGCCCACGGACAGCCAAGCUCCUCACCUUCCUGCUGUUCCUCUCGCUCUGGUUCAUCUACAUCCUGCUGGCCUCGCUGGAGGCCUACUGCCACGUGCCUGGCUUCUGA